GGCUCCUGGAGCGGGUGGUGAGACUAAGCAAGGCCAAGUUCCAAAAAGAGGAGAGCCCCCCACCUGGCUUCAGCGUCCACGCGGCAUAGUCCUUCAUAAUCUUGGGCUCUGGGGGCUCUGUGCUGGAGAACAGAUGAAUCCUGAAGAUCCCCACUGACUCCCACCCUCCUACUUCUCCAAAUGCAGAGGCCUCCAUGGCUGUGAUAAGCCUCGUGUUCCUGGCAGUGAUGUAUGUUGUUCACCACCCCCUGAUGGUCAGUGACCGGAUGGACCUGGACACACUAGCCAGAAGCCGGCAGCUGGAAAAGCGGAUGAGCGAGGAGAUGCGCCAGUUGGAGAUAGAGUUUGAAGAGAGAAAGCGAGCAGCUGAGCAGAAGCAGAAGGCAGAGAACUUCUGGAGAGGAGACACAUCCAGUGAUCAGUUAGUGCUAGGGAAGAAAGACAUGGGGUGGCCGUUCCAGGGUGAUGGCCAGGAGGAGCCAUUGAGCUGGAUGCUGGGAAACCUGUGGAAUGCUGGCCUCUUUUGCCUUUUCCUCAUCUUUGAGCUCCUGCGACAGAACAUGCAGCAUGAGCCAGCCUUUGAUUCCAGCAGCGAUGAGGAGGAGGAGGAAGUCCGCGUUGUGCCUGUCACCUCCUACAACUGGCUUACCGACUUCCCCUCGCGGGAGGCCCUGGAAUCCUUUUACAAACACUAUGUCCAGAAUGUCACCCGUGAUCUGCCCUGCACCUGUGAGUUCGUGGAGAGCUUCGUGGAUGACCUCAUUGAGGCCUGUCGGGUGCUCAGCCGCCGGGAGUCUCACCUGCAGCUGGAGGACUGCCUGGGCAUUGGGGCUGCCUUUGAGAAGUGGGGAACCCUCCACGAGACCCAGAAGUUUGAUAUUCUGGUGCCCGUUGUUCCCCCGCAGGGCACUAUGUUCGUGCUGGAGAUGAGGGACCCGGCCCUUGGCCUCCGCUGUGGCUGUGUGCUGGUGGAGUCGGAAUGCGUGUGCAAGAGUGAGAAGCUUCUGGGGGACGUGCUGUGCCUGGUGCACCACCACAAGGAUCACUCGGCCGUCCUGAGCAAGUGUAGCAGCUCCAUCAAGGUGGCGCUCUGCACCGGCUCCCACCUGGACGUGUGCAAGACAGUACAAUGGUUCCGGAACAUGGUGGGCAAUGCCUGGGCCCUUGUGGCCCACAAGUAUGACUUUAAGCUCAGCCUUCCACCGUCUACCACCUCCUGCAAGCUCAGGCUAGACUACCGCUCGGGCCGCUUUCUCUCAAUCCGCUUGGUCCUGGGGGUGCAAAGGGAAGACACCUUGGUCUAUCUGGUGAGUCAGGCUCCUGACCAGGAACAGCUCACCAGUGUGGACUGGCCCGAGUCCUUUGCAGCCUGUGAACACUUGUUCCUGAAGCUGGUAGGGCGUUUUGCUCCAGAGAACACCUGUCACCUCAAGUGCCUCCAGAUCAUCCUGAGUCUACGGGACCUUCAGAGCUUACCCCAGGGGGCAUCCCGUCCCAUCCUCACCUCUUACCACUUCAAAACAGCCCUCAUGCACCUGUUGCUGCGGCUGCCUCUGACAGACUGGCAGCACAGCAUGCUCUCCCAGCGCCUCCAGGACAUCCUCUGGUUCUUGGGCCGUGGCCUCCAGCAGAGGUCCCUCCAUCAUUUCCUCAUUGGUAACACCUUCCUGCCCCUGACCAUCCCGAUCCCUAAGACAUUUCGGAAUGCUGAGCCUGUCAAUCUCUUCCAACACCUGGUGCUAAACCCCAUGGCACACUCGCAGGCAGUGGAAGAAUUCCACAACCUUCUGACCCAAGUGAAAACUCUGCCCUGUGCCCCGUUGGCUGGGGCACAUUAAUGUUAAGGCCAUUAAAAAAGGGGAGAAGGUAUUUCUGAUUCCUCAGGCUGCCAAAGAGUUUAUUUUUAGGACACAUCAGUGGUAUGGGUGACCUUCACCUUGCCAGUGGGGGGCUAUGAUAGAUUAGACACUCCAAGGAGCACCUGAAAUGCUCAUCAGGAUUGGGUCCAAUGUGUAUGCCCUAAACUAGGGUGUGUCUUCUGAGGUUUUCGUCUCCUGAUUUUUAAAGAGGGCCCAGGGAAACAGAUGUUAUGGGAGGAUCUCGCAGCUAGAGUUGAGACCAGAUGGGGCCUGUUUUGUAUCAACACUGGAAGUGAAAGAGAACCAGAGAUACCUCCAUUCCAGCUUAUUUCUUUUUGUGAAUGACUCUCAGCACAUUCCUUGUAAACUGGUUUCCUUGUUGAAUUGUUAGCUUAAUUCACAUCCAAGCUGAUAGCACUCCAUUUUAUCCUAAAUACUGUGAAGGUAACGUCUAGUACUUUAGGAUCUAAUUUUUCAGACCACCUCUGUUUGAAGAUCUACCCGAGAUGUUUAUUUUCUAUUUUCUCAAUUUAGCCCUAUUUUCGUAUAAUAUAUGAAACAGAAUAUAAUAUAGCUGUUUUUAUGCACCUGAGAGAAAAAUCCAAUACUACCCGAACAGUUCAUUAGCAUUGAUUCACAAACAAAUAUUAAGUCAAUGGUGAUCUGUUUCAUAAUUGAGAUAAUGUAUUUACUAAAAUUAAUGAAAUAUCAUCUAAUGAGCUUCUCAUGCCUGGAAGCAACAUUAUAAAACCCUUAAUGAGGACAGUCUUUGGGGUGGGGGGUGGUGGUUUCUGAGAUGAACAAUUACUGUUUCUAAAGGGAGCCGCUUGUUUGUCAAAUGAAAAGAAGGUUUAGCCACCAUGUAUAGCUGUGCUUUUUCUCAGUCUGUUAAUGCCUUUGUAUUCUCUUUUCAAAGAUGACAAAGGGAUUUUUUGAACUAUGUUUGCGGUUUUACAAAGUGGGGUCAUUACAAUCCAGGCCCGUUGCCAGUGUCGGACAGGAAGGGACGGUGGAGCAGUCCAGCUCGAACAGAGUUGUGAUUCUGGAGAUUGGAUUGGUGGAUUUUUUCCUUCUUUCAAAGUCCUGGGCAUCCUGAUGAGGAGGCUUAAGAGAAGUGACUAUCAUUGUGGGUGUGGUUGUUUUGGAAAUAACAAUGCUGUUCCUGCCCUGCAUGCCAGGAAGAUCUGGGGAGGAGAACCUGGCCCCACAUUUAACUCAGUCCGGGGGGGGGGUUAGAUGCUGCUCUUGUGGGCUUUGGUUGUAUCCACACCCUCCCCACAGCAACAAUAAAUUACAAAUUUAUGUCCCAGGAGUUGAUGCCAGUCAAUAUCUGAGACUCCCACUGCACAGUCACGGCUGUGUUCCCAUGUUGUCUGCUGAUAUCGGCCAGGUACUGCUUUCAAGUUAAGUUGCAGUGAUGGUUGGUUCCAUGCCGGUGGGAUCUUGAUGUUUUAUGAACAUCUGUGUUCUUUCUGUUUAGAAAAUAAUUUGCUGGUGUUUUAGUUCCAAAUCAAUAAAGGAUGCCAUUUUGUGUGUCAGUUGGAA